AUGGCCAAGCUCCUGGUGAAUGUGCCACAGAUGCAGCGCGAUUUGCAAUGUGCAAACGAAGAAAAUGCGUAUUUGCGCACGCUGUUGAAGCAAUUGAACAUCUCUGAUACCAGAACACUGCCAUCUUUUCACGAAAAGACCAAGAAUCCAAGUGUUAAGGAUAACGACGAUGUCGUGUUCGACCGCGCGCUUGCACGACGGCAGGCGCGUCUGGAAGCAGCCAACAGCUCUAGUGAAACGUUAACAACAAUUUUGGAGCUGAAGAGUGCCAACGAUCGCGUGUCGCUGCUGGAACGGCAGCUCCUCGACGCAGAAGAGACCAUUUGUCACCUCAAGGCUGAGAAGCUCGCGGCGCUACGAGACAUUGAGCGACUUAGUACUGUGGUAUCUGCUGGAGAAAUACAAGAGCUACCAAUGAACGAAGAGGACAAUGAGAAACAUCGUCGAUUGAUGCUGGGGUUGGAGACGAGAUUGGCUGAGCAGCAGAAAGUCCAUGCACUCGAGCAGGAACAACGCAUGGCUGUGAUACGAGACCAAGAGAGUGAACUGAAGACGCUGCGUGGUCAGUUGGAGGACAAAUUGAAACAACUCAAGGAUCUGGAGCAGAGAUACACGGAUUUUCUUGAGCUGGACGAACAGGUGACAAUGCAGCAGCAACGCGUUAAAGGCAGUUUGAUCAGUAUUUCGAAAGACAAAAGCGACGAAGACGACGGUGUGAAAGUGACGAAGCAACACAAUACUUUGAAUCCUGGUCGAUCGCGAGCUCCAGCAGACGCUGACGCAGUGAGCACUAAAUGGCAAGAAGAGUUAGUGCGUCAUCCGACACCUCACUUUGACAUGCAGUCACCUGAGGUGGCUUACAUUCUCCGAUCAUGGACAAACGAUAUUAAGAAGAUGCGAUACUUGCGUCGCUGGCUUAUACAGGUAGCGGUCAUGAAAGGACCACUGCCGGACGAUUUUCCCAUGGCCGUUGAGUUGCCACGGCUUUCACCCGAGGUGCGUGAUGGGUUUCUUAUACUCAUUCUUCCGCUACUUCGCAAGCAGACUGAGAGAGAGAUUCUUGCUUAUUCUCGCCAAUACAAUGACGGCGUUCAUACCGACUUACGUUUCCGUACAGUGCCGCGUCAAUAA